CAGUAAUAUUAAAUGUGAAGGCCCGCUGAUUACAAUAUAAUAUUAUUAUUAUGCUGUAAAGGCAUCUUGAGAAUAUUGCAAAAUUUGUUGGAUGCAUUUGUACACCCUAUGCCAAGUUAAAGAAAAAUGCUGAUUGCAUAGGAAUCAAAAGCAAAUUAACUAUUGAUGCAUAUUUGCUUUUUAUUGGCAAUAUUCAUGUUUCGUGUAUAGGUCCGUAUAAGCAAUACUCAAAAUCACAGCAACCCUUGACUAUGAACAUCACAGUUUUUCAAUCAACUAUUAAUCUUCACCCUAGACACGUCUCAAUCCCUUCAGUGACCCACGAAUAUUUUCCACGAUUUUAACAGUUAAACCUACCCAUGGCCAACUGGUCCGGUAAUCUGAUCAAGGACAUGCAGGAUUCGUCCAAGGUGAUCCUUCGAAGUAGUCUUGCUGCUGUUCUUCGGGAUAGGUAUCCCAAGGCUCGGCACCAUUUCUUGGUGCUUCCAUGGGAAGACAUCAACACCGUUUAUCAGCUCAAAUCCGAACACCUGGGAUUGCUAGAAGAUAUGCAUAAGUUAGCAUUACAGACGAUCGAGUUCCAUCAUGCCAAACUGCAGGACUUCAAAAUGGGUUUUCACAUGCGGCCAAGCAUGAAUCGUUUGCAUUUGCACGUGAUUUCAACGGAUUUUGUGUCAGACAGUCUGAAACGUGAACGUCACUGGACCCAUUUCAACACCGCUUUUUGCAUGCCCUUUCAAAGUAUUGUCGAUGAACUAAAGAGGAACGGAAAAAUUGAACCUCGUUCGGAGCAAUAUAUCGAAAGCUUGCUAAAUGGUCCAUUGAUAUGCAAUCAAUGCAGCUUCCAGACCCAUACGAUUGCGUUUCUCAAGAGGCAUCUUCAGGAGCAUCUGUACUCGACGACGCGGUACAACGCUGCGUAAACAUUUUAAACAAAUUGUAUCCGUUAAUCUUUUUAAGGUUUUUUUUAUGAAAACGAAUUGGAAUUGUUUUUCUAAUGUUAUCGUAUGUACAUCGGAUAGUCUGUACAACAAACUCUGAUUAAUAUCCCUUUCAUGCCCAACUUUUUUCUAGUGCAUGUAGGGUUUCAAAACUAUUUUUCCUUUAAAACGGUGGGGUCAAGAAACUCGAAAAACCUUUUUUCAUAAAGGCAGGUGCUUUCCUUGCGGUGCUAGAAGCUGCUCAAUUUUUACCUUCCAAUGCUCACAACAAUUCUCCUAGAAUAUUUACAAUAGUCCAACUGCGUGGAAAACGUAGCCAAAAAUAGUCUAAAUUGAUAAGUUUUAUCAGUUUUCACUAAUAUUGCAACAUAACGACGUUAUAUGAAAAAUUAAUUUUCAGUCGUCAACGUAAACGGUUCCUGGCAGCACUGCUCCAUCGGAGUUCAAUCAGACUUACUGCAAUAACUUCAGUUCUAAAGCUGAUUUUUGUAACAGUUAAUACUCAAAUGAAAGCCAAUAGUCACAUUUAUUAGCCUUACUUGUUUUUGUGAGCAAAUCUUGCCUUAAUCAAAAGUUAUAGCUGUUUAAAAACGUUGUUGUCCACAAACAACAUGGGCAUGAAUGGGAUAUGUAUCACUCUUAGAAAUAAUUUGUUAUCAACGGAAACACGGACAACGUCCAAAAAAUGCGGUUCAGCCGAAGGGUAUGAAAAGCUAAUAUUUACAACAUUUCCACGAGUAGCGUUCGGUCUAUACGGCUUACCUUAAGGAUAUGAUACCAAGGUUCACAACCUUACCACGGCUAAUGUUCAAUCCGGCUUACCUGGGUGCCACUGAGUCAACGAAUAGUAUUACAAAAUGAAUUUUCCUUUUCAGGAGUAACUGGCACACAUGAAAUGCUAUUUGUGCUAUUUGUAUUUUUGUUUCCGACAUUGUUCAUGUAUGUAAACUAAACAUUUUUUCAUCUUAUAACAACUUAAUCACAAAUUUAAAAAAAAAAUCUAGAGCAUUGGGCUAAUUUCUAACAACCAACAACCUUUUAAAUUGACUUGAAAGCAGUGUAGAGUAGUAAUUGUAAUGAAACAAUAAAUUACCAUAAAAUGGCAUGUGAUCA